AUGCAGAGCGCAGUCAACACAGUGAAGCGAGUGGUGUGUGUGGGCGCCGGCUACGUGGGUGGCUCGACGAUGCCCAUUAUCGCCUCGCAUGCUCCCGAUCUGACGGUCACGAUCGUGGACAUUGACGAGAAGCGUAUCAACGAAUGGAAUUCGGGCAACGCGCUGCCUAUCUACGAGCCCGGCCUCGAGGAGAUCGUGCGAGCCCACAUCAACAAGAACCUCUUCUUCACCACGCGCGAUCUGCCCAAGGCGAUCAAGGAAGCGGAUGUCAUCUUCAUCGCUGUGAACACUGGAACCAAGGAGUACGGCCAUGGCGCUGGAAGCGCCUACGAUCUCACGUCGUGGGAGGCCGUCUCGCGCUCCAUCGCCAAGUACGCCACAGAGGAGCGUUUCUACGUGAUUGUCGAGAAGUCUACCGUGCCCGUGCGCACCGCUGAGCAGGUCCGUCGCAUCCUUGACGCCAGCAAGGCUCCCGGCGUGUCCUUCGAGGUGGUGUCCAACCCCGAGUUCCUUGCCGAGGGUUCGGCCGUGCGCAACCUCGAGGAGCCCGACCGUGUCCUCAUCGGCGGCCUUGAGACCGACGAGGGCAAGCGUGCAACGGAGAUGGUGGCUGAGAUCUACGCCCACUGGAUCGACAGGAGCCGCAUCAUCACCACCAACCUCUGGUCGUCGGAGCUGGCCAAGCUCGCCGCCAACGCCUUCCUCGCCCAGCGUCUCUCCACCGUGAACGCUUUGUCGGCGGUGUGCGAGGCGACCGGCGCCAAGAUCGACGAGGUCACGCGCGUUGUGGGUACCGACACCCGUAUCGGCUCCACCUUCCUCAAGACCUCCGUCGGUUGGGGCGGCUCCUGCUUCAAGAAGGACAUCAACGGCCUCGUCUACCUC